AUGAACCUAUCCAACAAAUUAUAUGUUGGAAAGGAAAAUCUAACACCCAGCCAUAUGAAUAUUCUUUCUCCCCAAACAAUUCCCUCAUCAAGAACAUCAGCAACACAACAACCAUUUAGCAAAUCGAUAUCAUCAUCUAGUCUCUCGAAACCAACUAUUGGAACUUAUUCGAGAAGCAAGGCACUCAUUCAAAUUCCAAGUUUUGAAGAAUUAAAAAGCAAUCAACAACCAUUCCAUACAUUGUCCGAACUCUUCUCCAAGCUUGAUACAUUUCCAAAUCUGCACAAUGAUCAGAAAAUUGAAUUUAUCAAAUUAUGUAUUACUUGUAUUGAUAAGAGUUUUCUUAAAGUUCACGAGAGGGAUAUCUACAUGUUUUGGAUAAUAUUGGCCAUUCAAUUUGUUGGUAAUAAGGAUAUUCCUAACUGGGAUGAGGAAGUUAGAAAACGACUCGCCGAACAUUUUGAAUUCUUAUCAAACUAUAAUCAUCCUGUUAAAGAUGAGGAAAAUUUCUACAUUUUGAACGCCUUAUUCGAGUGGAAAACCAAUGAACAACCUGACAAAAUAUUCAGAAGUAUUUCUAAGGUACAACAGGGUAUUAACCGAUUGGGUGAAACUCCAAUUUUGGCUGAAAUCAAAGGUUCUCUUUUACAGAAAUCAAUAUUUCCACAAGUUGAAAUUUCUUACAAACCAACCACAAUGAUUCCAUCUUUUCAAAAUUUACAAGUACCAUCUAGCACACCAACAACUAAAUCUACCUCUCCUCAAGAUGUUAGUAAUUCAGGUGCAGGAUUAUUUACUGGAAAUAGAAGAAGAAGAUCAAAUUCAAAUAAUGACUUCCAACUCAUACAACAAAAUUCAACAAGGCAGUCAAGUCGUUCCAAUCUCUUUGCCGGUAGUAAGCAAUCAUCGAUCAAUAUUAAUGCUGAAAUGCCAAGCAUUUCCUCUAGUCCAUUUAUUUCCUCUACUUCCCUUUCUUCCAACUCGGUUAGUGCAACACCAACUACUGCACUUUCCAUCAAAACUACUAGUGUGCCCCCAACACAAAGCACACCUCAACCACUCCCAACACUCACUUUUCCAACUCCUACUUCCAUUAACACAGAGAAUGUAAAUAAGAGACCUAGAGAAGAAGUUGUCUCUACACCAUCUGCAACUCCAAAUACCAGUACUGCACCAAACAGUACUUCAACAUCUGCUGUCUCUGAGGAUGGCAGUGCCAAAAGGUCUAAGCCUACAGUAUUUGUACCAAUUAACAAUAGAGAAUACCAAGUAUUAAAAAGGAUUGGAUCAGGUGGAAGUUGCACUGUUUACAAGUGUGUUGAUACCAAUACCAAAGAAGAGGUUGCUAUAAAACAUAUCAAGAUUGACAGGACUAAAAACGAUAAAACUGUCCUUGAUGGGUUUCUAGCUGAAGCUACUCUUUUAGAACAAUUAAGAGCUGAUGAUAUUGGAGAGAAUAUUAUUAAAUUAAUUGAUUACGAAUAUAGACCUCAUAACAAGAGGGAUGAAAUCCUUCUUGUUAUGGAGCUAGGUACCACUGAUUUUAAUAAUAUUAUCAAGAAGAAGAGUGCCAACCAAUCAUUUACUACAGAUGAAUUGAGAGUUUACUGGAGACAAAUGCUUGAAGCAGUUUCCUUUAUCCAUUCGAAAAAGAUUGUCCACACAGACAUUAAGCCUGCCAACUUUUUACUUGUCAAUGGUAAAUUGAAACUUAUCGACUUUGGUAUUGCUAAAGUUCCAGAUCAUGAACAAACUCUAAGCAUUUGUAGAAAUUCUAUUGUUGGUACUCUUAACUUUAUGCCACCUGAGAGUUUUAUUAAUCACAAUGCCAAUGAUCCAAAAUAUAAGUUUGGUCCUCCUGGAGAUAUUUGGAGUCUUGGAAUUAUCUUUUAUCAGACAAUUUACCAAAAGACACCAUUCUCUGAUUUUGAAGAUCACCUCACCAAGAUUGCACAAAUUACAGAUAGGAAUAAGGAACCAUAUUUCCCACCAUGUGAAGAGCAAUACCAAGAGGCAGUUGACUUGCUGAAAACCAUCUUGGUUAAAGAUCCAAGUCAAAGACCUUCUAUCCGAACAAUUUUAGAACAUCCAUUUUUUGCUCAACCUUUACAACUUUCUAUUAAUACCAACGAAGAACAAGAAGCAUUUUGUAAGAAUGUGUUGAAAACUUUUGAAUUCUUACUUGAAAACCUUCCAUCUCAAUCCGUUCCUCCCCAAAAAGCAGCUUUUAGAUUAUUAAAGCUUUGUCACGAUAAUAAGAAUGGCGAAGAAAUGUCAGAAGAUGACAUUACUAAUUGCCUUUCACAAUAA